AAUGAGUCAAGAAUCUGCCCACGGACAAGGCAACAACAAUGUACACGUCAGUGUUCAUACUGAAGCAUCUAGUUUCACCCCUCCCGUCCAAAAUGAACCCGUCAAUCAACAAAAUGUUGGGAAUAACCCGAAUGCUAGAGGUCAACCCGACCUUGUGAUUCCAGCUUUUCUGGCUAAUGUGUUGCAACAAAUAGCCAACGCGCCAAUGUUUCAACCACCUCCACCACCGCCACCUCGAGUGAUAACCUACAAAACGCUAAGAGAUAACGGUGCAGAAUUAUUCCUUGGGGAUCGCAUCGGUGAACCCCAAAUUGCGUGGGACUGGAUCGAGCAAACUGCUCGAGUGUUGGAAGAUCUCAAUGUACUCAUGGACAUUUAUCCCAGACUGGCUUCUCAAUUUCUUCGAAAGGAAGCCUACGAGUGGUGGAAGAGGACUGAUGAGAGUGCGGGAACCCCUAAGCCGUGGACAUGGGCACAUUUCGAAUGGGCAUUCAAGCAAGAAUAUAUUCUGAAACGUUUUAGCGAGGAAAGACGUAAGGAAUUUGUUGAACUAGAACAGGGAGACAUGACACUCCCUGAAUAUCGUCAGAAGUUUACCAAACAUGCAAAGUUUGCGCCAACCUUGGUGAGUACCCCAUCCGAUUGCAUUGAGGAGUUCAGGAAGAAACUUCGACCUGACCUCAGGUCGCGAGUGUCCGUCCUAACCACUAUGGAUUUUGCGGAGGCCUAUGAUCUUAUAAGGGCAGACAGCGACUUGAGUGCUUGCAUUGAGUAUUUGAAGACAAACAAUACUAGCUCAAGCACUCACCGUCCCAUCAACUCUGUCUCAAAAGGAAAAAGGCCCUUCCAGGAAUCUAGUAGUUCACAUUUCUCUAAAAAGGGAAAAUCUGCACAAACUCAGUCACUAACAUCCGGUAAUAGAACCAAGGGGUGGAAAAAUCCACAGUGCGACAAAUGCGAAAGGCACCACCCUGGGGAAUGUUGGCUUACACAAGGGUUAUGUCUCGGUUGUGGAAAACCAGGACAUUUCCGAAAGGAGUGCCCUACAAAUCCUGGAGAACCGUUCCCACCUGCCCCCGUUGCUAGCCAGUCUGCAUCAGCACAACCUGCACUAAGUCAACGGUCAACUGCGGGAUCUAAUCCUGCAAAAAGUCAAAACAAACAGCAAGGACGAGCUCCUGCCCGUACCUACGCAAUGAAAGCUCGAGGUGAGGAAAACCCUGACGUCAUUCAGGGUAUGUUUUCCUUAUUUGAUACUGUCAUGCAUGUGUUGAUAGACCCUGGAUCAACGUUGUCUUAUAUUUGUGUACAUAUGCCUGAAAAAGCUGAGAUAAUGAAAGAACAAUUGGAACAACCUAUACUAGUGUCUAACCCGUUAGGACAUAGUAUGAGGUUCAUCAAUCUUUCCAAAACCUAUUCCUUCUUUAGUGUAUUGCAUAGAAUCAAAAACAAGAUUAAGAAAAAAUUGAAUGGAACAAACUUUGUUGACUGGAAACACAAUCUCUCCAUUGUUCUCCGCAUGGAUGAGAAAGAGUAUGUGCUCGAAAAUCCCAUUCCUCCUGCCCCUCCCGCUAACGCCCCGAAAGCGGUUAAAUAUGCCUAUGAGAAACAUGUUAAGGAUGACAACCAGGUUAGCUGUGUCAUGCUGGCAACCAUGACACCCAAGCUGCAAAAACAGCACGAGGACAUGAAGGCCCUCGACAUGAUCGUGGCCUUGCGGCAGCUAUACCAGGGGCAAUCCAGGCAUGAAUGUUUUCUUAAAGAACUGGCAACAGACCUGAUCCUGCAGUCGCUCCCUGAGCUGUAUAAGGGUUUUGUCAUGAACUACAUGAUGAAUGAUCUUGGCAAACCCCUUCCGGAGCUUCUUAAAAUGCUCCAGAUUGCAGAAGAGAACCUUACUAAGGGCAAGGGUGCUUCCGUCCUUAUGGUCCAAGGCGGAAAGGGGAAGCCGAAGAAGGGGAUCAAGAUUAAGGUUAGGACGGUUGGAAAGCCUAAAUCAAAGUCCACUUUAUCUACAACCCAGAAACCUGUAGGAGGGAUUGCAAAGGGCAAAUGUCAUCACUGUGGAAAUGAUAUUCCUACUUUAACCACCGUCAAAACGUGGUUGAGUAAGAGUUUCUCUAUGAAGGACUUGGGAGAUGUCAGUUAUGCACUUGGCAUAAGAAUCUAUAGGGGUAGAUCACAGAAGCUGUUAGUGAUCGCCGCUGUUAAAGUCACCGGAGGUAGCCACGGUUCUUGCCGGAAGUUGCUCCGGGAAGUUGAAUGAAGAAAACAUUUCCUGUGCAAAUCAGCCCACUUGUGAGCACUUUUACACCCUCUAAACGUCAUUAUUUUAAUCUGGUUUCUAAACGAAAGUUGUAUCCUUAUGUCUUACGAAACCAUAGCUUCAAACGGUUCGCGAUUGCGUUGAGUAACGAAAGAGAUAUCGCCCGAAAACCGGGGCUGGUACAGUGGUGAUGGGAAGCAGCGAGUUUUAUGAUUUCCAACGUUGUUUUCGCUCGCGUUCGUUCAUUGAGCUUCAUAUCGUCGAUUUCCAGGUAUGAGAGAGAAUAAAUAUGGAGCCUAUUU